ACCUAGAUACCAUCUUCUUUGGGAGGCAUGAUCCGAGCGGCAACUGCAGACCCAGCCUGACUAAACGAAGCCAAAUAGCGAAGAUGUUUGUGCCGAUCAGAAACUGGGGAGUAUAUGUAGGGUCCGAUCGGUCGUGUAAACACUGAAGACGCUAUUUGUCCAGUCAGUCGGACUUACAACCUCCUUCGACUAGACUUGAGGGGAGGCUUGUGAUGCGGUGAUAUAGGGAGGUCCACCUGGCACGGUGUUAACUGCCGAGAUGGAGGUCAAAGUCAAGGUGAUCAACGCCAGGGCGUCAAAGGGUCGAACGGAUGACGAUUGCAACGGCCGGUCGGGACAAUCAAUGCCCGACCGGUGGGAGACAUGUUCGAGCGGACCACCCGUCCGGCUCGGGAUAAUAUGAUAAGAUAAUCAAACGCUCAAGAUUGAGCAACAGGACGCCAAGGAGACCGGAGAGCUUGUACGAAUGGGAGGGGUAUGCUACUACACAGUCACCGCAGGGAAGAGUAGUGAAGUGUCCCGGCCGAGCGGCUACCCCGCUCGGCCAAGCAGCAGGACCAUUGUCGUAUCUCUCGAUAUCCUUCUGGGAGAUAGUAUCGCUGACACGAGGUAUAGACAACAGGUAGAUCGUACGACGGAAAUUUCUACUGUCUUGUCAGGCAUAUCCUGUUAACGUAUAGUGUCAGAGAUACUUUCUUGACAGAUUCUUCAUAGGAUAUAUUGGAGAACGUGCUCAUGUCUCGAGGAGUGUACAAGUUGCCCACCAGGAGUCAAUCACUGGCGGAGGUACGCGUUAUUCACUGUUUGCACUAAAGUUACUGUUGCUCCGCUUUCUUCCAUUAUUCCGGUGACUGACUUGAGCAUCGGAGGGCCAACGCCGGGACCCCUUCCCUGGCUCCGCACUGACGUUACUUGUUUUGUAGUGCGAAGCGAGGUCUACAACCGGUCAACGAAGCCGCCACAUCCCCAGCUUUCCACCUUCCCGCUUUCGAACAGGAUCAAUGGAAAAUACCAACCGUAAGUUAUUGCAAGAUCCUAAGUUCAACCUAAGCCUCCAUUGAUCAAUGAGGUUUACUCCUAUACGUAUAAAAAUCAAAUUCUAUAGCCACCAUUUGUUGUACCAUUCCUUGGACUUAAAACUAAUGAUGAAAAUCCAAAGCUAAGAGCAUCUCCAAUGGUGAGAACUCUAUAAGAGCUAUUUUUUAUAGUCUCAAAUAUGUCACCUCAAUGACACAUCAAAAAUAUAAAAACCUAUUACUCUCUUCACAGUAAGAGAAAAAAAAAUCUCCAUAUAAUUUUUUUUGGACCUUACAUUAUCAAUUUUUUUUAUUUUUUUUAUUUUUGUAUAUUAUUAGUCCUACCCAUAUUACUAAUUUUAAGAUGGAAGAAUAGGUUGAAAAUUUCUAUAAUGGUGAGAGCUUUUUUCUUUUACCAUUUUAUUUCACAAAUCUCUUUAAAAAUCAGAUGUCCUGAAUCAACAGUCAAACUGUUAGUUAACAAUAACUGUGAGGCUCAUGCAAUCUGCCAUCAGUAUCUCUCAUUUAUUGACGCCAUUAAUGCAUCUCUCAAAGGCAGCUUCUUUUUGUAUGACCCUGCAGACUGGAAAAUCCUGUUGGAACGCUAUCAGUUUCACUCUCUCCAUCUCUCAUAUUUGGUUGAUCAGAGGAGGUUGUCGAUGGCAGCAGACGUGAGUUACUUUGCUGAGAGGGAGGAAGGUGAGGGGAAGAGGGAGCUUGUCACCAGGGAUUUGCUUGGCGGUGGUGGGGUCUCGCUUAAAUCCGCCGAGGUCGACCUCGAGCUCAGAGUUCCUGAUGGAUGGGAGAGGCGGCUAGACCUAGUGUCGGGAAAGACUUACCUCCAGAAGCGCGAACUGCAUCCGGCGCACUGCCAUCAACACAACCUCAACCUCGCGCUUCCUCCGCCGUCCACCGCGGAGCUCUUCCCGGAGGUCAACGCUGGAGUGCCGCCGUCCAGGUACCAGAGCGUGUGCACCCUCGAGAAGGUGCGGUCCGCCCUCCAGCGCGCUGGCCACCGCCCCUACGACUCCCCCUUAACUCCUUCCUCGCCGUCGACCGGCGUCGACUGCUCGGCGAAGCGGAUGGCAACAGGUGAUCGGGAACUCGACGAGCUGUCGCCCGCGAUAGCCAGGUGCCCGGGUUGCCUACUCUACGUGCUCGUGUCGCCGGCGGCGCGGCGGUGCCCUAGGUGCGCGGCGCACCUCGCGGUCGACGGCGAGGCCAACAAGAGACACAAGUUUGACCUGAACUCGCCGAACCAUUGA